UAUAUAUUGCUUUUGAUGUGUUCAUAACUUGUGAAGAGACACUUCUGGAAAUUUUCGGAAGGGAACGUUUCUAAGAAGUUGAAGCUAUCAAGCUAUUUUGUUUCAGUUAGGAAUUAUGAAUAAUUCCGUCUAUGGCGAUGGCUCGAACAUUUCAGAACUAGUUCAACCGCUCUGUGUCUCCCACAACCAAAGCACUUUCCCGCCACUGCGACUGGAAUCAAAAUCGCUGGUCACUUCAGCCACUAUGUUCGCUUUUGGAGUCAUGGGGAACCUCAUUGCCAUUGUUGUGUUAUGCAUCUCAAAGAAAGAGCAGAAGGAGACCACUUUCUAUACGCUGGUUGUUGGAAUGGCUAUCACGGACCUGUUGGGCACCUGUUUCACCAGCCCGGUGGUUAUCGCCACCUACAUAGCCCAGAGGUGGCCCGGUGGAGAGCUACUGUGUGACUUUUUCUCGUUCUCUAUGCUCUUUUUCGGCUCGGCUGGAAUGUCCAUUCUGUGCGCUAUGGCAGUGGAACGAUACCUGGCCAUAAACCACGCGUAUCUUUACUCCCAAUACAUUGACCGGACGACGGCGCGUUUGGCGCUCAUGGGCAUCUACCUAGCUAACAUUGUGCUGUGCAUCAUGCCCAGCUUUGGUUUCGGGAAGCAUGUGCGCCACUUCCCGGGCACUUGGUGUUUUUUGGACUGGAGGGCGACGGACCCCCUCGCUGCCUCGUACGCGUUUCUGUAUGGCGGGUUCAUGUUGGUGUUGAUUGCGGUGACAGUUCUGUGCAACUUCGCAGUGUGUCGGUCACUUGUGGGGAUGAGCCAGAAGACGCGGAUAGUGAGAGCGAAGGUGUCCGCGCAAGUAGGCUCACGGCGCGUGUUCCUGCCCUCCGUCACCUGCCCGUCCGCGGCUGAGAUCCAAAUGUUCUGGCUGCUGAUAUUUAUGACCAUCGUUUUCCUGGUGUGCUCCAUUCCUUUGGUGGUGCGCAUCUUUGUAAACCAGCUGUAUGGUCCUUCCAACAUCUGUGCCGGAGUGAAUCCAGAUUACCGCAGUGAUCUGAUGGCCAUUCGCUUCGCCUCGUUCAACCCCAUUCUGGACCCCUGGGUAUACAUCCUCUGUAGGAAGAACCUGUUGGUCAAGGGCUGUGAGAGGUUAAAGAAGACAGUUGGACAAGUCAAGGCGGGCCGCAGGCGUAAUUUAGGCUGGGUUGGCACUAGCAGUCAUCAUUCACUCCCGUCGUUUGAACACAGCAACGAGACCAGUUACGCGUCAUUACGCACGACCAACUACAGAAACGAUUCGGAGAACCAGGUUACCACCAAAAAUAAAUCGUUUACAGACUUUACCAUGCGACAAGCCUGGGACCUUGACACGGCGCAGGCGAACUUCCAUCCGUUUAGUGUAGACCAGACUACCGUGAUCGGUUUCGAGGCGGAGAUAGCGGUGGUGUCCAAACCGGCCAUGAUCGCGUCACAGCUCGGAAGCAGCGAGGCGCUUCCGGAGAUGUGCUCACCAGCAGGUCUUCAUAGCCACGUCAGUAAAGUGGACAUAGUCACCUGUACCUUCAGCACACUAAGCUCCUGUCAAUCGGAGAAGUGCCUCUAAUCAACUGUUUCCCAACAAACAUAAAUGUUUUCAUAUAGACUUUUACAGCAAAUGUCUGAGAUGGUCCUUCUGUGGCUCAGUUGGUAGAGCAUGGCGCUUGUAACGCCAGGGUAGUGGGUUCGAUUCCCGGGACCACCCAUACGUAGAAUGUAUGCACACAUGACUGUAAGUCGCUUUGGAUAAAAACGUCAGCUAAAUGGCAUAUAUAUGCUGAACACAGACAGCCAGACAGACACAGGUCAUUUACCUUGAUGCAGCCUACAGGCCAGAUUACAAAGGCUGGGCUUCUGCACACAGGAGAUUUUACAAAAUGGACCCAUUUGGACAUUUUAAGAUGCACUUUAUGAAUCUGUAACGUGAUUGUACUAUGAUCAUAUUCUAAGGGGACCAU